CAACACCGAUUGGCUUGUGAUGUGUGGCAACAAUAAGGGGGUUGUCUACGUGGGCAACGAACAGCGCAACAUCGCCGUCCGCCACGGUGUUCUCCACAAUGCUGACUUCAACCUGUACAUCAACGAGGGCUUCGCCAAUGAAGCCUCAGACUUCGGUGUUAUGGAGGUCAUCACUUGGAACCGGGCGCUCUCGGAAGACGAGAUGUGGACCAGCAUGGAGUACCUGAACUGGAAGCUCCAGGCACACCUUGCACAUCAGCCAUCUGCAGAGUCUUCCAUGGUGGCCUGGUUCAAGAGCGAGGAUGCUGGUCCAGCUUGGAAGAGCGCAGUGGGCAGCUGGGAGGCUCACGUCACGAAGAGCAGCGUGACCAGAAGGUUCAAUGCAGGCAGUGGGGCUGCAGUACCCGUGGCACACCUCACCGGCCUCACCAACGCCGGAUUAGAUUUCGGCAAGAUCAUGAAGCCGGAGUUCACGAUUUGUUCCAUCACCCGCUAUCUUGAAGGAGGCAUACACGCCCGCAUUCUUCAAACUGGUCAUCAUCCCAACUUCCUCCAUGGCCAUUGGAGUCGCCAAACAGGUGUGGCUUAUUACCAUGGCUGGGUAACGCCCCAUCAAAGUCCGAGCAGUACCGAUUGGCUUGUGAUGUGUGGCAACAAUAAGGGCGUUGUCUUCGUGGGCAAGGACGGGAAGAAUAUCGCUACCGGUCACGGUCCUCAGCUGAACGCAGACUUCCACUUGUACAUCAACGAGGGCUUCGCCAAUGAAGCCUCAGACUUCGGUGUUAUGGAGGUCAUCACGUGGAAUCGGGCGCUUUCCGAAGACGAGAUGUGGACCAGCAUGGAGUACCUGAAUUGGAAAAUCCAGGCCGCGAUUCCAUACCAACCAGCGGACAAGCUGUCCAUGGUGGCCUGGUUCAAGAGCGAAGAUGCCAGUCCAGCUUGGAGGAGCGCGGUGGGCAGCUGGCAAGCUCGAGUCACCAAAGGCAGCAUCACCAGAAAGGUCGAGGCUGGAAACGGG